UCCAGCCUGACAACCAUCGCUAGCAAGCGAGGGCCCAAUGCUUGGUGCUGCCUCUGCCGCCAUCCAUCGACAAGACCACGCAACCGCAACCGCACUCUACAGACGCAUAAUCGCAGCGUAAUCUGGGCCCGGCGGUCCUCGACUCCCUCUCCCAAUGGAUUCCUACCACCUCGCCCCGUCUCGUCUUAAUGACAUCUCCAACGACCCGACCGAUAUCACAGACCAAAACUGCGACCGCAAACGUCCAGAGCAACAGGCAAGGCUGCGCUCCCGCAACAGCGUCACCAACAUGUCGUCCGUCCUCAUGAGCAAGACUGUCACGCCCUUCCUCAGGGAACAUAUUCCCAGCCUCUACGCCCCCAUCGGCAAGCCUGGGAACCAAGAGACGGCCAGAGCAGAGAACCCCAACUCCAAGUACUGCUACAGACAUCACCCAGACUCAAAGUGCCGAAGAGCUGCCGACAAGGCCAAGAUGGUCAUGAUUCAGAGCGAGCUGGACAAGCUCACAUCAGCGGAUCAGCAAGCUGUUACCCACGUGUGGUCCCUGUUCUCCGCCGCCCCUGCCCGACACCGCGACCUGAUGCUUCAGGGUAUCCUCUCCCAGCUCUGCUUCCCACAGCUCUCGUUCGUCUCUAGAGAAGUCAACGAAGCCCUCAAGAUCGACUUCAUCUCCGCCCUCCCCGUCGAGCUCGCCCAAAAGGUCCUAUGCUAUCUCGACACCGUCAGCUUGACCAAGGCCGCCCAGGUCAGCCAGAGGUGGCGAACCCUGGCCGACUCCGAUGCCGUCUGGGUCCGCAUGUGCGAGCAACACGUCAACAGGAAAUGCACAAAGUGUGGAUGGGGAUUGCCCUUGCUGGAACGCAAGAAGCUGCGCAACUACACAAGACAAAGACAGUUGGCCAAGGGUGGGCCACAAGGGAGGAUCACGGAAUUGGCCGACUCCCACGACAGCCAGCAUCAAUCAGUCAACCAACACGGAAAGCGCCCGGCAGAGACGGAGGAAGAGGAUCCUAUAAAGAAGCGCCAGUGCAUCGCUGAAGCCUCCAAGGCGGUAACGCAACCCAAGACACGAAGCUGGAAGGCUGUCUACCGGGAUCGCUGGCAGGUCAGCUACAACUGGAAGAACAGCCGUUACAAGUUGUCAGUUCUCAAGGGUCAUGAGAAUGGCGUCACCUGUCUCCAGCUCGAUGAUAACAUCCUUGCGACUGGAUCGUACGACGCCACCAUCAAGAUCUGGAACAUUGAGACUGAAGAGUGCAUCCGGACCCUUGUUGGUCAUACAGCUGGCAUCCGUGCGCUGCAGUUUGACGAUUCGAAGCUCAUCAGUGGCAGUCUUGACCACACCAUCAAGGUCUGGAACUGGCAUACCGGCGAGUGCCUCAGCACGUUCGCUGCGCAUACCGACUCAGUGAUUAGCGUCCACUUCGACGGCCACCUACUCGCCAGUGGGUCGAGCGACAAGACAGUCAAGAUUUUCGACUUCAAUUCCAAGGAGACAUACUGCCUCAAGGGCCACAGCGAUUGGGUCAACUCGACCCAUGUCGACAUCAAGAGCCGAACCGUCUUCUCCGCCUCGGAUGAUACAACGAUCAAGCUGUGGGACCUGGACACGCGCCAGGUUAUUCGGACAUACGAAGGACAUGUCGGCCAUGUGCAGCAGGUCCUCAUGCUCCCGCCCGAGUACGAGCCCGACGAGGAGGUGCUCAACGGAGCUUUACAAGACAACCAAGACGCCAUGUCGGUAUCAUCGACCGGAAGCGGAAGCCCAACCAUGUCGCACGCACAAAUCGAGCACGCCGGCAGCCCUGGCAGCCACAGCCCCAGCUACAACCCGCUACCGAGCAGCCUGCCGAGUGGAGACGAUGACGUGCGCCACCUCUAUGGAUCCGCCUUCGCAGCAGACGAGUCACGGCCACUUCCCUCGCGCUAUUUCAUGACGGGCGGACUCGACAGCACCAUUCGCCUCUGGGACAGCGCGACCGGCCGGUGUCUGAGGACACUGUUCGGCCACCUCGAGGGCGUUUGGUCUUUGGCGGGAGAUACGAUCCGCGUUAUCAGCGGAGCUAACGACGGCAUGGUCAAGACGUGGGAGCCGCGCAGCGGCAAGUGCGAUGCGACGUAUACGGGCCACUGCGGACCCGUCACCUGUGUCGGGCUGAGCGAUAGUUUGAUGGCAAGCGGCAGUGAGGAUGGAACGAUUCGGUUACAUUCUUUCAAGCCGCGGCCUUGUCAACAGUGAGAGGUGGCGGCCGGGACUCCCGCAACUUU